UCAAUUAAGUACGGGGAAAACGUAACAAUUGCCUGCAAUAUAACUUCUAACCCACCUAUCACAAAUGUUUACUGGGAGAGAGAAUUUAAUGGUACGAAAAAUGUGAUUAAUAGUUGGACAGCUGGCGUGCAAGGAGUUUCAUUAGAUGCACCAUCGCUGACUAUAGUAAAAACCACUACAUCAAAUAACGGAUCUUACAUAUGUAUAGCUUCCAAUGAUGUCGGAAUAGGAUACAGUGAAACUACAAAUUUAGAAGUCAUCGGUGAGCUGCCAUAUAUUAGUAUUACAACGGAUUUCCUACAAAUGAAGUAUGGUGAAAAAGUACACAUAUCAUGUGUUGUGAAUGCAAUACCACCUGCAACCGAAAUUUACUGGGAGAAAGAAUUAAAUGGUAUCAAAUAUGUAAUAAAUACUGGGACUACUGGAACUGAAGGAAUAACUGUUACAAAUCCAUCACUUAUAUUAAUCCACGCAACAGAUUCGGAUGCAGGACUUUACAAAUGCUUUGCAGUCAAUGAGUUUGGAAUGGGCUAUAGUUCAGCAAUUAAACUCAAUGUUAUAGGAGGUAUUCCUGAUGUUGAUGUUCCAUCUAUGACGCACCUAACAGGCAUUGGUUACACAAUAACUCUCACUUGUUCUAUCAAAAAUGCCUUUCCUGCCAUUUCAAGGGUGUACUGGGAGAGAUAUAUACAUGGCUCAAUAACAAGACUUUCAUCUGCUUCGAUUGGAAUCAUGGGAGUCACCGUUGACAAUCCAUCGCUUAUCAUUCCAAUGGCAAUGGAAUCGAUGACUGGUGAAUAUACAUGUUUGGCUGUUAACUCUGUCGGUACCGGUAGAAGCUUCCCAGCAAAAUUGACAGUUAAAGCAGGAGUUACACCAAACACUAACUCUGAUGAUUCGGAUGAUGACACAGACUACACGGAUACAGUAGUUAAUGGAAUAAUAGGUGCGGUGAGUGCUGUAGCAGCGGUUGGAUCACUAGUCAUUGCUUACUGGGCUUACAAGCGCUCUAAGAAGCAGGAAGAUCAAAAGGAAAACAAAUACAGAACUUCGUCAAAUGACAGCAGAAACACAAGGAACCACAAAGAAAACGAGUAGUUGUUAGCAAGAUACGUGCAACCAAAAAAGUCAAUAUAGGCUGACAAUGUAUUAUCUUUGUUUGUGUUUAGUUUUGUAAACGAUGCAUGCAUCAUUGUUGGUUGGUUUUAUUAUACUGAUUUCACAGUCAGUUAUUUUAUAUCUAACAGACUAGAAUGGAACAACAUAUCAUUUAUAAUCCUUAUACAUAAAAUGCAAAAGUUUUAGCGAUUUCUCUUAUUUUUACAUGUACAAUGUAUCUCUUAUUUUAGCGAUUUUAUUAAUCAUCAAACAUGUUUUGCCUUAUUGUAUGUAUUUUUAUUAAUAAUUGCAGUUUAUAUUAGUAGUUCAUGAGAAGGUAGUAAAACAAACUAAAUUUUCUUUGUUUUCUUUAAAACGUACAUUUUUAUUGCAAUGUUUAUCUUACAACAAUGUUAGGGAAAUGAACCUUGUUAGUCUUUGAUUUCUUUUAGUACUCACUCUUUGAAAAUUAACUCUUCAUAGAUACCAGAACAAAAUUUAGUAUAUAGUGUUUAAUAAGUAUUUCAAACUGAACGAUUUGUUUUAGUUGAUUAACCUUGUUUCCUUAUCCAUUCUUAAUAAAGA